AUGCAACCUCCUGUCACACACCCAGAUCCAGCGCACUCCGUCAAAGGUCCCCCUUCGCCGUCCCUCACUGCAGAUGUCUCUGCCCCACCUUCGCACCAAUCACCCCCUCCUGGAAACUCUUCAUCCCACACUGCUUUUCCCAAUCUUCCCCCUAAGAAAUUCAGUGCAGUAAAUAUCAACAAGAAAUUUCUUCAGAAGACUUCUACCACCUCGUCGGCGCCUUCUGCUGCGUCCAGCCAUUUAAGCAUUGUUAAGUCCGGCAGUCCCGCUCGUAUGCUCGUGACUGCCAAACUCACCUCUACACCCCAACUGUCUGGAACUACUGGCCCCAGCUGGUCCCGCCCUUCUUCUGCUGCUCCUUCCGCUACAUCCACGACUCCCACCCCCUCCAAUGCCCAACAGCCACUACCGUCUGUGCCGGUUCCACCUGCACCCCAACUUCCACACGUGGGGAAAGUCAUUCAACCACAACCCCGAAGCACAGCGUCUUCCACAGCCUUGCUCACAAAGAAGGACGGCCUCCCCACCAAACCCGCUUGGCGAAAUUCGAAACCUAGUUCUGGAGUAUCGUUCACUGACAAUGCCGUUGACUUCCCCACUGCGGCAGAAGUGGCUCAAGGUCACUUAGGAAGGAGUGCAAGAGCUGACGACGACAAAUCUGACGAGUUGCUCCCAUCCAAGGGAGCGGCUCCACAAGAAGCGGACGCCUUCAGGGGACUCCACCUUGACCCGAAUGCUCAUCAUUGGGACGAGAUGGAAGAGGAUGAUGAUAACUUCCUGGACAACGUUAUUGAAUUUGGCGAUGGCCGGCAGUACAAGGUAAUACCAACGGAGCCGGAACGGCCCCCAAGUAGUCAUGUUACCCAAAAGGAAGGCACUUCCACCGAUGUCAUAAAUCAGACUCUGAGUGAAACCGGCACCCAGGAAGACAGAUUUGCGGACGACUUUGAUCGCAGUUGGCCUCGUUCGAGGCACUCGCCCUCCACCCAACCGAAGGAUUACUCUAGUCUGUCACCUCGUCAAGCAUCAGAUUCUCCCGUGUCAUCGCAAUUUAGUCAUUCACCGUUGGAGGGACCCAGGGUUUUGUUCAAUGAGCGGUCCAACCGAUUGGAACCCUAUGACAGCGUAUAUCCACCGGGUCGGUUAAGCGGACCUCACGGCGGUUCGAAGAGGGACAGUAGAUUAGAACCGCCCGGUCGUGAUGCUGUACCGAACGGUCCCGCUAUACACCUUCUGCAAAAAUCUGCAGAGAGCAAUCGCGUUCCGCGACCGGUGCAUGGUUCGCGAGAUCUGCCAUCAAUCGGCCUUGGUGCUUCACCAGCGCUCUUAUCUCACUAUGGCCAAAACGGACCACGAGGAAGAGAUACAAAUCUACCAUCCGGACCAGGGAUUGACGGUGUCCGCGGUACUAGUGGACUACAACCUCGACGUCCGUCAAGUGAGUCUCACUUCGGUGUUCCGGCGAACAAUACUUACCGAGUUCCUCUCGCACAUCUGCAAGAAUCGCCCCUGCAACCCUCAUCUUCCUUACCGCUGGAUACACGGGAAAACAAAGGACUGACCGAUGGCGUUGCAUCUGCAGCGGCACCAUCCGAGGUAUUUCUGCCUAAAGUGGUGGAAUUAGAUGUGGAGAUUGUGCACAAGACGGCUAUGCAUAUAUCUGCCGAGAAGGCAAGGCAAAGAUGGCAGCGUGAAGAAGAAGAGCGCGAGAAGGAAAAAGAACGUGCUCGGAGGAAAGCUGCUGAACUGGAGCUGCAGAUGAACGUUGCUGAAGCUAAUAAGGAAGCCCAGAUUGGUCAAAUGGCAGCCAGCUCUACGGGAGAGGCCGAAUUGGCCCAUGACCUAGAGACGUCCUCGCUUCCAUCCCAACCAACAAUAUUAGAGAGGACACCUUCCUUGAAGCAAGAUACUCGGCCUUCGCACCAAAGCGCGACUUCCCACGAUUCCGCUCCUGAAGAACCGUCCAGCCCUGGUGAUGUAAAAUCUUGGAGGAGCAAUGCACGUACUCCUCUACAAAGACCGCUGUCACUCACUCCAUCACUGACUUUGUCCCGCCCUCCAAUGCUUUAUGGAGGUGAAGCACCGGACACCAACGCUCCUGAUGAAAGCCUCGAAGUCGUGGAUUUUUCGGACCUCGACCGAUUUGUCAGUGCAGAGGGAACUCAUGCGGCGUCCUCAAGGGGCCAACCCCCCUUGCAACAUGGGCAACCUCUUCAAGGUGAUUUCUUGGGAGAUGUACCCGGUGACCAGAUUCUUACUGAAUCCCAAGAACGCGAAGGGAUGAGGCAGUUUACAGAAAGACAGACUGUAGGCGCUGCGGAACGCUCAACCACAGAACGACACCUCGCUUUCAAUCAGAAUCUUUCGACCGUCCGACCCUCCACUGACAGUUUCUCAUCGGGUAUCGGCCACUCUUCAAUCCAUCGGCCACAGAGGAACUUCACGUCAUUCCGUGAGGCCCCUAUAUCAGCUCUAGAAGUCGUUAUAUCCCGUAUCAAGGGCGCGCUCGACAACAUGCAGGUGGAUUCGGCAAAGGAUGUCCCCAGCGAUGUGGCUGAUGGUCGUCCGGGGCCUGUUGGCCAGACGUCAAAGAAACCCCUAGCGGCCGCUAGAACGCUUCCGAAAGAAGAAAGGUGGCUACCUCCGGCUUUGAGGCUCCCGCGCUUGCAUCAUAACUAUGAACAUGAUGCUUUUGGAGUCACAGGGCGUGACCCACUGCAUUCUCCUCAACUCACAUCGGGUGUCAAAGUGAAGUUUUCUCAUGUCUCUCGGCACAUUGACACAGUGCCCGAGCAACAGCUAUACCUUGCUACUAGACCCGAUUGCGUGCGAUGGGACAUUUUGUCCUGGGAUCCUCCAGUGGAGGAGAUGAACAAGCAUGAUUUCUCGAUCAAUGACGUACUCUUCAAAAAAUUCACAAGCCACCAGUACCAAAUCGUGCUUCCACGUCCCACUAGGCAAGCGGGCAAUGCACCCAGGGUACACCUCCCGACAGUGUUUUCGAAGUUUAGUCCACAACCCGGGAGACCGAAGGCACUUGAUGAGCUUGUAUCGUGGCGCCGGGUCCACUCCAACUCACAAGGUCAGGUGUCUGAACAAUCCGUGGAGCCAGGGGAACUUCCCCCCUCUUGCGAUGUUUCACACGGUUCUGCGCGCACCACCGAACCUUCCGCGGGAGAUAUCUCGGAGUCAGCAGAGGAUGAUACCUCUGCUAAAGCGGAAAAACAGUUCUUGCGGUUAAGGACCCAGCCCAAACUGCCACCAGGUUCGGCUGUCGGUUUCUAUCGCGAUCCUAGCUCGACUACUCAACAACCUAAUGGCUCAGUCAAUUUCAUUGUCGGUAGCGAGCUGGAGGAUGGACACCAUCUGCCUUCAGAAGAGCCAAGCAUCGCGAUUACGCCCUCGGUUCCUUCAAGCUCCCUGUCAUUGUUGCCUGCCAACUCCAAAGAUGUUGUUACUCGCGAGCCUGCAAAGGAUAUGGAGUCCCCAAAGACUGCUACUAACGCGCAAAUUGAAAGCAAGAAUUCUGAGGGUUCUACCGAACGUUCACUGCUCAACCCGGCAUCAGCGUCAUUCGGGCCAUCGUGGACAAAGUCUCCACUGAACUUCACGCCCAAGGACUCGCCUGCAAGGGCUCCGGAUCCAGAACACUUGAAAGCAGUAUGGUCACAAGCUGCUGAUAAGGAACCAAUUCCGGCUGUGAAUUCACUGGAAGGGAUCGCUGACGACCUCACUGCUCUACCGUUCACUAUCCAAGAUGUCAAGUCCGAAGGUGGCGAAACCCCGCCUCCAACAAGCUCUGCUAUGCCCUCGAAAAUGUCAAUCCAUGAGGUUACGAGAGCUUUCCAGCAAGUGCCAACCUCUUCUGGCACCUCAUAUCGAGCUGCUCCGAUGUCCCCACAGGCUCCGAGUGGCCCUAUUACCCGAUCAUCCACCUUCACGUAUUCCAACCCGGUCCAGCCUCCCAACCUUCCUAUGCGACCUGCUUACACGGGGUUUCCUUCUCCGAUGCUUGUGCAUUCCUCAAGUCCUAAUCUAUACCCCGCCACAACAAGCCCUAUACCGCGAGUGCCAGUGAAUGGCCCGUCUCAAGCAUACAGCCAACACGUCUGGGUUCCAAUACAAGGCUCACAAAAUCAUAAUGGUGCAAUGAGACCCAUAGCAUCACCCUACCCUACCCAGAUGAUUGCGUAUCCUGCAGCAGGUGCUAUGCCUCCUGUGUAUGGGCCUGCAUCUACGAAUCAAAACACAUCGACUUCAACCAGUGGGACCGUGCACCCUCGUGGCGUACCAAUGAUGAGCCCUGUUAUGCAUCCUGCGGCCACUGCCAAUGUUCCGAUCUAUGGUGGGAGCCCCGUCAUGAUGCACCCCCCUCCAAUAAUGCCGACGGCACACCGGCCACCAUACAUGAGUCCAGCUGUUCCACCCCGUGGACCGAUACGUGCGGACGGCGUAACCGGCAGCCCCCUCACCCAGCAGUCACAUCCCUCAAACCAACAUUCUCAACCUGUGUACAGUCAUGUUCCAUUUUCUCGUCCAUGGUGUUGA